GUUUACGUUUUCGCGAGUUGAACGUGGUAAAGUGGUAAGAACUCAGAACAGUUCUCUGUCCCUCCGCUUUUGCAGAGUAAAAUUUGAAUCUCGGAAAAUGUCGUUGGAACCUGAAUUGCAAAACGGACUCCAAUCAGCGCAUCAUCCUCAAUCUGAGGAAAAUCCAUCGUCAGAAAUAGAACCACAACCGGCAUCUCCAACCCAUCAACAGCCACAGCCUGAACUGGAAUCGGGAUCAGAACCUAAAGCAGAAGCUGAACCAGUGAAGACCGAUGUAGAUCUCAAGUCCUCUGAAGCUUCACAAACCUCGAUCCGCUCCAAUGACGCCGAUCACACCCACUCUGCCGAACCAACUUCACGCCCUGAGCUCCGAAAAGACGAAGGAAGUCGAACUUUCACUAUGAGAGAAUUGCUGAAUGGAUUGAAAAAUGAUUCUGAGCAAGACAGAGAAGAUGCCAGCUCACCUUACAGCCAAGAAAGUCCGCACCAACAGCAAUCAGAACAGAACAAUGCCGCAAUGGCUUUGAUAAAUAGUGUUGUAGGUGUUGAUGAGGAAGGUCGGUCCCGGCAACGUAUUCUUACAUUUGCUGCUAGGAGGUAUGCUACUACAAUUGAGAGAAAUCCAGAAGAUUAUGAUGCAUUGUACAACUGGGCUUUGGUACUUCAGGAGAGUGCAGAUAAUGUCAGCCCAGAUUCUACGUCACCUUCCAAAGACGCAUUGCUUGAGGAAGCUUGUAAAAAAUAUGAUGAGGCUACUCGUCUUUGUCCCACACUUCAUGAUGCCUUCUACAACUGGGCUAUAGCAAUAUCUGAUAGAGCUAAAAUGCGUGGCCGCACAAAGGAAGCUGAAGAGCUAUGGAAACAGGCUACAAGAAACUAUGAAAAAGCAGUCCAACUCAACUGGAACAGUCCUCAGGCACUUAACAACUGGGGACUUGCUCUUCAGGAACUCAGUGCCAUUGUUCCAGCACGAGACAAGCAGAAAAUUGUUAGAACUGCUAUAAGCAAGUUCCGUGCGGCCAUACAGUUGCAAUUUGAUUUCCAUAGGGCAAUUUACAAUCUUGGAACUGUUCUGUACGGAUUAGCUGAGGACACUCUCAGAGCUGGGGGAUCGGUCAGUGCUAAAGAAGUUUCACCAAAUGAAUUGUACAGCCAAUCUGCCAUAUAUAUUGCCGCUGCUCAUGCAUUGAAACCGAAUUAUUCAGUUUAUAGCAGUGCCCUGCGGCUGGUGCGUUCUAUGCUGCCCCUACCGCAUCUUAAAGUUGGAUAUUUGACUGCACCUCCUGCGGGGAAACCAAUUGCACCUCAUAAUGACUGGAAGCGAUCAGAAUUCCUUUUGAAUCAUGAAAGACUUCAACAGAUUUCUAGAAGUUCCUCCGACAGAUCAACAGAUAUGGUGAAUGGAGACAGGAAAUUUGUCAGAGUAGAUGUUGCAGAUAUUGUUUCUGUAUCAGCGUGUGCUGAUCUAACUUUACCACCUGGUGCAGGCCUCUGCAUAGAUACAGUUCAUGGCCCCGUUUAUUUGGUUGCUGACUCAUGGGAAUCAUUGGAUGGAUGGCUGGAUGCAAUUCUCCUAGUGUACACAAUAUAUGUACGAGGCAAAAGUGACGUACUGGCAGGCAUAAUAACGGGAUGAAUAUAUCAGAUUGUUUAAUGUAUUGGAAAUCUGUUUUGACAUUUAUUAUCUUCUUCGUUUUAUCCUUUCUCUCCUAUAAAAAUAAGAUCUACAUGUUAUGAGUUGAGUACUAGUUGUGAAAAUCUAACUUGUGUAUAAUAUUUGAAUGUUGGGUGAAAUCAUUUCAAUUCAAAAUCGAGGUUACUAAUGAAUUAGCCUU